UCCGGACGUCCUGUCACAAAAUGGUUCCCCUAACAACCACAAGGAAGUCAGCGGAGCUUGUUUAUGCGUGAGCACGAUGUUUCUUCUUGUGGAUUAGGUUUAUGUUUCUGGUGAGUAGUGGUCGUCAUGGAUGCCAGGGUGUCUGAAGAGGAGGUGACCCGCCCGUUGAGGCGAUCCACCAGACAGUCGACGGGUAACGUUAAAGAGUUGACUUUUGGACCGACUCCCAGGGGUCCUCUCAAGAGGACCAGAAAAGAGCUCAAAAUCAAAGCUCCUGUUCCAGCUGUCAACGGUUCUGGAAAUGGGGAGAAUGACUCAGAAGAUGAAGAGUCCCCCAGCAAGAAGAGCCGGGCAGAGACUGAAAGACCAGAGGAUGGCAGGGGGGAUGAGAACGAGAUGGAUGUCCAGGAAUCGGUUGAAGAUCCGGAGGAAAAUGAAGACCAGGAGAUGGAUGUUAUACAGGAUUCCUUACACGGCACUCAUCAACCCAGAGCAUUCCAAGGCGAUCCUGGAGAUAUGAAUUUAUCCCCAUGUGUUAUGCUCGGUGAACGCCACAGAUCCAGUGUUGCUGUAAAUGAAGAAUCCGACUGGAUAAUAACCAAGAGAGUAAAACCAUCAUCAAAGGAACCUGAAGCCCCCACAAAGUCUGCAGCACAAACCAGACCACCAGCAAACAGACACAAUGUGUCGGUCACCAGCAUGGCCGACUACAAGAAGACGAUGGAGGCCAAGAGCACCGGUAUACCAACAGUUAACCAUCACAUCCCUAGUGUGUAUCCAGCCUCAGGAAAAUCCUACACAACGCGAAAACGUGUGAAUAACAUUCCGACACAAAAAGAAACUGCUCAGUUCAAAAAACAAGGUAUAAAGAAAACUGCUGUUAUCAAGAAAAGCUCUGGAUAUUCCUGUAGAGGAUUCAUGUGGUGUUUAUGGCGUUUGUUUCUCCUGGUGCUGCUCUGUUCGGCCCUCCUGCUGGCAUACAAGCUCAUCCCUGUACUCAAAAAGACUGCAGACGACGGAACUCAUCCAUCCAGGGCCGUAAAGCCAGAAAUGUUUGCUGAUCAUUUGUCUCUUCUUGAGACUCAGUUCCCUAGUCAGCGGUCGGAGUUGUGGAGGUUGAGCAAGAUCCACCUGGAGAAGCACCUCAAAACAGCCCAUCCUACAGAGCCAGUCAGUCUGAUCUUUACGGCAGGCCGCAGGGCUGAGAGGACUGUGCACUGCCUGGCUCAGCGGCUGGCCUCCUCCUUCUCAUCGGCCAUCAACUCCUCCGUCCUUCACAUCGAUGGCGCCAGUAAAGCCAGCCAGGACAGCGAUGUGGUGAAGCUGGACAUUGACAGCCAGUUGCGAGCUGCCUUUGGAGGAGACAAGCAAGUGGCUGUCAUUCAUCGCUUCGAAGAGCUGCCUCCAGGCUCCACCCUCAUUUUUUAUCGCUACUGCGACCACGAGAACGCUGCAUACAAGCGGGUGUUCUUGUUGUUUACUGUGCUUCUUCCUCAAGAUGAGGUCAAGGGUGACCAGAGUCUGAAAUAUUUGGAGGAGCUGGUGCACGACUAUGUCAAGGAAAGGCUGGUAGACUCCAGCAACCAAGCCGGCUUCAAUGACAUGGACAAUGACAAGUACGGGGGACUGUGGAGCCGCAUCUCCCAUCUGAUCUUACCUGUGGUGUCUGAGAAGGAAGUAGAGCAGAAAGGGUGCUGAGGAACCAAGCUAGUCAUCAAUGAGGGUUGUCAGAAUACCACUUUGGACCAGCCUGAUCCUCCUUGGCACCGUACUGGAGCUAUGAACCAGAGAAGUAACCUAUAAAUAUAACGCGUGUGCUUUUACAUUUGGGUGUAAGGUUGUAUAAAUCUCACUUUGUUGGAGAUGAAGUUAUACUUGUGCUGCAAUCCAAUGUUGACGCUUCUGUUUACCUGCUCUCAAGAUGUCCAGCACUGAAUUUUUACCCAUGCAUACAUGUAGAGGCUUUUGCAUAAGGAUGUCACAGUGGCACCACCAUUCCACUUCCAAAGUGUGGUAUGAAAUGCAUAUUCUCAUGCAGAUUUAACAUUCAAUAUACAAUGUACAUUAUAUAGUUUGAUGAUUUAUUCUCCUUGUUCUGUAUUGACCGCACUAUGUUCAACAGCUUUUUCACCCUUCUAAGAAGAGUUUUUGGGGAACGAUCAGCACGGAUUACACUGGGUCCUUCUUAGGAACUAACGGGAAAUAAGCCUGACAUCUGUGUUUCUGGAGGAAAUGUGUAUUUCCUGUUCUGCAUCAGUUCUCUCAGACACCAGAUGGCUUGCUUCAUACUUCUGUUUAAUGUCCCCAUGGAGAUGUGUGUCCCAUUGCUCAUUUAAUUCUCUUGUGUACACAAUUGGAUUUGCACUAACAAUUUUGCUUUACCUUCUCUUCUUAUCAAGAGUGCUGGCUUUUAUUAAGAUAAAUAUUUUAUAUUUUUAGUUUUUUUCUGAAUGUCUAUAUUUCUGAUAUGUUGUCUCUUUCCUAAAUUGGAAUAUUUUUCGAUAGCUGUAUAUAUGUAUUGAAUAUGAAAGGCUUUGUUCUUUGCAACUGUUGAAAUGUCAACUUUGAAACAUACAGGUUCUCACUCAAGUGAUUUGAAUUUGUUAUAAUCAAAUAUUACUUAAUAUUAGUGAACAAGUCACAAAAUGUGCCUUAAACACUCAUAUGGAGAAGAUUGGACUAUAUUUGAAACACUUAUGAAUCAUUUGAUAGUGUAUCUUGACAAACUCUUGCAGAAAAUCUCUUUUUGUGCAAGAAAUUUGCACAAAAGUAAAUUCACAAAUAAAAAAAGUGUUCCUUCCUGUGAUCCCACUCAUUCCUCUUAUGUUAUCAUUCUGAGAUGAAUUUAGUUUUUCUGGCGUGAACAUAUAUAUUUUCAAUAAAGAUUAUUUUGAAUACUAGGAAAGU